AUUUUAUCCUUUAUAUAAAUAUAUAAUGCCACCAAAGAAGAAGCAAACCAGUUCACUCGGUAGAGCAGUUAUCAAAUCUCGUUUUCAAGGACAGAGAGCUAUUGGUAUUGAUGAAGGCAAACUUCAUACAACUGACUAUAAUGAACAACCUAAAUGGGUUAAAAUGCAAAGUAUUACACAAGAAAAUGACUUGGAUGCAUUCUUAAGUACUGCUGCUCUUGCUGGUACAGACUUUACAGCUGAAAGAUUAAAUGUGAAAGUUAUUCAAAACGAUUAUCAUAAUCCCUUUUUAAAUUCAGAACAAGAAGAAAAAGAGCGCAUCAAGAAGCAAGAAGCAAAUGUGGAUCGACUUGCGAUUCCACGUAAACCCCAUUGGGAUAAAACGAUGACAGCAGAACAAGUACAACGAAAUGAGCGUGAGAGCUUUUUAGAUUGGCGUCGAACGAUGGCUGCCUUGGAAGAUGAGGAAGGUUUAUUAUUAACACCCUUUGAAAAGAAUCUCGAAGUGUGGCGUCAGUUGUGGAGAGUCAUUGAAAGAUCUCAAUUAAUUGUGCAAAUUGUUGAUGCUCGUAAUCCUUUAUUGUUUAGAUCAGCAGAUUUAGAAAAAUAUGUCAAGGAAGUAGACGAAAAUAAAGCAAACUUAUUAUUAAUUAAUAAGGCUGAUUUCUUGACUGAAAAACAAAGAAAGACCUGGGCUGAUUACUUUGAUGCAAAUGGAAUUAAAUAUACUUUCUUUUCAGCUGCUCUUGCUAAUGAGAAAAUGCGUGAAGAAGAAGAAAAGCGAAAACGUGAAGAAUUAGAAGCCAGUUUGAAGGCACAAAAAGAUGAAGAAAAUGAAAGUGAAGAAGAAGGAGAAGGAGAGGAGAAAGAAGAAGGAGAGAAGAAAGAAGAGGAAAAGAAAGAAGAGGAAAAGAAAGAAGAGGAAAAGAAAGAAGAUCUUGAAAAGUUAACAGAAAAGAUAUCAAAAACUACAAUUGAGUCAAGUAAUAAUAAACCAGAAGAUGAUCGAACACGUAUUCGCACAACUACAGAUUUAUUAGAUUUAUUAAUUGAACAAACACCUGUUAUUAAAAAUAAUAACGGCGAAGUUGAAAAGAUCACAAUUGGUUUGGUUGGUUAUCCUAAUGUUGGUAAAUCAAGUACAAUUAAUGCUAUUAUUGGUGAAAAGCGUGUGUCUGUAUCAUCUACUCCUGGUAAAACAAAGCAUUUCCAAACUAUUUAUUUAACACCCUCAAUUGUUCUCUGUGAUUGUCCUGGUUUGGUCUUCCCUACCUUUUCAACAACUAAGGCUGAUCAAGUUUGUAAUGGUGUUUUACCUAUUGAUCAACUUCGUGAACAUUCAGGUCCCUGUGCAUUGGUAGCUAAACGUAUUCCCAAAGCUGUUCUUGAAGCUACUUACGGUAUUCGUAUUCGUACAGUUCCUAUCGAAGAUGGUGGAACUGGUAUUCCCACAAGUUCAGAAUUUUGCUCUACGUAUGCUGUCGCUAGAGGCUAUUUCCGUUCAAGUCAGGGUAAUCCUGAUGAAGCUCGUGCUGCUAGAUAUAUUUUAAAGGAUUAUGUUAAUGGUAAACUUCUUUUCUGUCACCCUCCACCUGGAGUAGAUGCAGAUGAAUUCAAUAAAGAGAAUCAUGAAGCAGCGCUUAAAAUAUUCAAAAAAUUAGCUCCCUCAGUACGAGUACCAGCAAAGGCCUUAAAUUAUAUUGCACCCUCUGAUGGAUCUAAAUCCCAACCUGGAUCUAAAACAGAUGCAGUGGAUAAAGCCUUUUUCGAAAAGCAAUUAUCACAACCUCAGGUGAGCGGAAAGAACUCUGCAGCAGCUUCACUCACUGGUGGUCGUGUUACUUUAUUCCCUCAUCAACGUAUGCUUGCAGAUGAUGGUACACCUAUGAAUAGAAAAGCUCGCUUGGCUUUAAUCCAAGCAAGUUUGGGACUUGAUCCAGAUGAAGUUAGAUCAAAGAAGCAUAAAAAGGGAAAGAAGCACGUUAAAGUUAGAAGUGGUGCUGGUUAUGAUUAUAUGUAAAUGAAAUAUCCACUUUAGAAAAAAAAAAUAAUAUACAACUUUAAAAAAGGAAGAACCGUUAUAAUUUGUAUAAAUUGUAUAAUUUUUAGCUUAAUAGUAUAAAUAUAAAUGCAUUUUUUUUUCUUUUUUUAUACGUCAUUUUAA